AUGGUUAGGCAAUGUAACUUGAUUGAUAUGGGUUACCAUGGUCCUUGGUUCACAUGGUGCAACAAGAGGCAAGAAGGACUGAUACACAAAAAGUUGGAUCGAGUUUUAGUGAAUGAGGAAUGGCUCCUUAAUCAUCCUUAUUCCUAUUCAGUUUUCAAAGCAGGAGGUGUCUCAGAUCAUCUUCGUGGAAGGUUUUACUUGUCUCACAAUGAUCAGCGCACCAAAAAGUCUUUCAAGUUUCUCAAUGCUCUCGCCAAGAUGCCAGAGUUUUUGCCAGCGAUGGAGAGUUUUUGCCAGCGAUGGAGAGUUUUUGCCAGCGAUGGAGGAGCACUGGGGGAAAUCUCAGGUACUUUUUCAUUCGACAUCAGCUAUGCACCGUCUCACCAAAAAGUUAAAGAGCUUGAAACUGAUUCUAAGGCAUUUGAGGAACUGUGUAAGAAGCAAGAAGCAAAUGCAACCAAUCCCAGCCAGGAGGCUUUAGCAGCAGCAUUAACUAAGUGGGAACAUCUUUAUGAGCUGGAGGAAGCUUAUCUCAAACAAAAAUCCAAGUUACAUUGGAUAAAUGUUGGAGAUAAAAGCAAUAAGAUCUUCUUUAGGGCUGUAUGUGUUCGGGAAUCUCAAAACCUGAUUAAGAAAAUUGUCGACAAGAAUGGGAAUGUUCUAAAGGAUCCAGUCGAUAUCAAAGCUGAGGCAGAGAAGCAUUUUAGUGAUUUUCUUACUGAUACGCCAAAGGAUUUCCAGGGGAUUGAGACUGAGGACCUCGAAAAUCUCCUGGACAUAAAGUGCAAUACAUUUCAAUGCGAGCAGCUGACUAGGGAGGUGACUGAAGACGAGAUUAAGCAGUUCGAUUGGGAAGCAGCAGUCAGAGAAAUCGACUUGGCUUGCCUGAAAAGAGCAUCAAACACAUCUUCUUCUUCGAACCAUUUCACUCCUUCUGCUCAUCAACCAAUUACGAAGGACAAUGGCACUAAGCUCUAG